AUGAAGCAUUCACAGCUUUUUGAGCUUCAGCCGGACCCAUACGAUGUCACACAAAAGAAGCUUAUUCGUUUCUGUUUGUUCACAAACCUUCAAAAUGCGCCGGAAUUAUGCACAAUGCUGAAGGAAGGAAAACUCGAUGCUGCGUUAAUUCGCGCAGAAUUGGUUCUUGAACCAUUUGUUCUUCUAGCUGCUGCUAAUCGCGCUGUUCAUCAAUUAGCUCAUAAUCGAAUGAGCUGCCGAAGUAUCUCGGCGGAGCUUAUCUAUUCAUUAUCACCGAGUCGAAAUAUUUCCGAUUCGCUAGUGACAUUUGGUAUUUGCGAUCAAUCCACCGCGAUUGUUGCCGCCAUUUUCGAUGAUAAGAGCGGAAGUGCAAUGAAAAAAUUGGCGAAGAAAAUUAAAGGAACACCAGAACCGCUCGCUAAUAUUGCAAAAAUCGCUAAUCUACCAAUUAUCAAGAAGAUCUAUCAAGUCGGAAACCCAAAUUUUGCCCAAGAAUCUGUACCGGAUCACAUUAUUUCUCGAAUGAUUUCCAAAGAUUUCAUCUCAUAA